AUGGAUCCACAAUCUACAGAAUCGUAUUCUUCUACAUUACAGAUUAAAAUUUCCCACUCGGGCAAAAUCAACUCGUAUGUAUCGCAUGGAUUAGAAACUCUCAAGCAUACUGAAUCACCGCAUAGUUACCUUACGCUCAUUGGAGAAGGCAAAGGCGUAACAAAGACAAUAACAGUUGCAGAAAUAAUCAAAAGAAAGGUGGAACGUAUCUAUCAGUAUAAUGAGAUUGGGAAUGCAGCCGAGGACAAUGUUGGAACCAAAUCCGGAAUGUACAUGAAAAUCUAUUUAAGCCUAACGCCGGUCAAAGAACUAGAAAUGGCUUUUGGAACAAUAAAUAACCUUACCAAGCGACAUUCAAGCGGGUUGGACUGGAACAAGACCGUUACUAUACUGAAACUAUGUUGGAUAUGUGCGAUAGUGUUUGGAGAGGUGUUUAUAUUUCAUAUGGCGGUUUGGGAUUGUGGCUGGCCGGAAAUUAGCGAAUGGAAUACAAACAUAGCAAAGCCAUUCCAUAUGGCGGUAAUCACGGAUCCACAGUUGAUCGACGAGAGCUCUUACCAAAGAGCUCGUGUCUUGACGUUGAUUACGGAAUUUUAUUCAGACAACUAUAUGCGCAAAAAUUGGAGGAACCUUCUUCAUUAUUAUAAUUCAGACGCAAUAAUGAUACUUGGAGACUUGUUGGACAGCGGGCGUGAAUUGGACGACAUGAGAUGGUCGGAAGAAUACAUUCGCUUCCAAAAUCUUUUCCGAAUGGAGGAAAAAUCACGUGUUCCUGUUUAUUACGCGGUUGGAAAUCAUGACAUUGGUAUCGGAGAUACGGUUGUUUCGGCCGCUAACAAACGAUUUCGGCAAGCGUAUGGAAAGGUGAACUAUGAACUCUCGCUCGGUAACCAUACUAUCGUCGUGCUGGAUUCGUUGUCGUUGAGUGCUACAAUCGAGGAGAUAAGCAGGGAAUCGAGGAAAUUCGUAAAAGGGUUCGAGAACAAAACAGAUCCCAUAAAUUCACCGCGCAUAUUAAUGACUCAUGUCCCCCUUUUUCGUGGACUGUCUACUGCCGACUGUGGUCCACUUCGUCAGAAUGGUAACAUGAUACCUUAUUUGUAUGGUUAUCAAUAUCAAGCACAGUUGUAUCCACAACUGACUGAAAUGAUACUGGACAGUAUCAAACCCGUACUGACCCUUUCUGGUGACGAUCACGAUUUUUGUCAAGUCUAUCAUGAAAAGGGAGGGAGCAAUGGCGAAGGAUCGUUUGAAGUUACAGUGCCGACGUAUAGUUUUACAAUGGGUGUAAGAAAACCUGCUUUUCUCCUGUUGAGCUUGUAUAAUCCUCCUAAUUCACCAUCCAAUGCUACAUUUGCAUACAAUCUUUGCUUCCUACCCGAUCAAUUACAAAUAUUCAUGUUCUAUAGC